AUGUAUAAAAAAAAAUGGCAGAAUUUAAGAAAAAUUGAUGAUGAUAGUUUUGAACUUGAACCAAAAAUAAUCAAAAAGACACGAUGUUUUUCAAGAGUUAAUUUUACACACAUAGCAUUUGAUUGGAAUGAGGAAUAUUUUGCUUCAACUGAUACAGCCGGAUAUUUAUAUUACAUCGACCUAGUGAAUAAUUGCCCUUCCUAUCAAAUAUUAGGAAAUAUUGGGCAAGUAACAUUUAUAGCAUUUAGUCCUAUAAAUAAAUUUGAGAUAUUAGUUGGUCUCAUUACAGCUGAUAUAAAAAUAUUGAAAGUAAAUGUAAAUAUUUCCCAAUCUUGCUUGUUAAUUGCUCAUAAGUUACCACCAUUACAAGUUUCCUUUUACAAAAAAUAUUGUUUAACUUUUUCACGUAAAGAAGUUAUAAUAUGGUGUUUAAAUUCAUAUACUAAAGUUCAUCAAUUAAGAGCUAAUACAAAAGAUUUUGUAAUAAAAAAGGCAAGUCUUUCAAAUUUAGGACAGAUUGUUGUGCUAUAUGAAAAUGAUAACUUGCAAAUAUGGAAUUUUAAUCAAUUGGAAAAUAAUGUUAAAAUAGACACAAAAAUAUUUGGUAUACGAAAUAUUAAAGACUUUGUCUUCACACAAAAUGGAAGAGCAAUGAUCAUCAGCAGUAUUCAAAAUAAAAUUAUCAUUCUAAAUACAUACAACUGGAACUUAAUAAAAACUUUAACUUUACCAGAGAAUUUUAUUGGAGUCAAGUAUUUGUCACUUGUACCAUUACCUUUGGAUGGUGGAGCAAGCAGUAUAAUAGCAUGUAUUUCAUCAAGUUGUAAUCUUUACUUCUUUGAUCUUAACCAGUCUUGUAUUGUUAAUACUCUACAAGCUAUUAAACCAAUAAAAAAAAUUGCAAUUUCUUCAAGUGGCAGAUAUAUAGCAUAUAUAGAAAAGGAAGGUCAUUUGAAAUUAAUAAUUACUGAAAAACUAUUUUCAGAGAAGUGUGAGUCUUUGCAAAAGAUAAAAGAAUCACAUAGACCACUUGCACAUGGAAUACAUGAUCACUUACAAUGUGUUAAACAAUGUAUAAAGCAUGAAUUACGAUUAAAAAGAUUGAUACUUAUUUUAAAAGAAUUUGGAGAAUAUCCUGAAAAAUACCGCAUAUUAAUAUGGUCAACUAUUUUAAAUUUACCAGCUAAUAAAAGUGCAUACAAUGCUUUGGCUAAUAAAGUUGCCAGUAUAAAUUUUACUUCAGAUAUCUUAAAAAACUAUUCAUUAGCAAGUAGAAGCAAACAAAUAUUGUUAAUGACAACAGUUCAUUGUUUAAUAGAAUGGUGUCCUUUAUUAAUACAAUGUUCAUUUUUACCAAAUAUAGUUUUUCCAUUCCUUAUAAUUUUUCAGAAAGAUCUAUUGCUUGGCUUUGAACUUAUUUUAAGUAUAUUCUUGAACUAUUGUCAAAAAUGGUUCGAGUAUCAUCCUUUACCACCAUUAAAUGUGUUAGGUAUAAUAGAAAAUAUUCUUCUACAAGCAGAUCCAUUUUUAUUGAAUACUUUUUGUGAAUAUGGAAUAACAUCCAGUGAAUAUGCAUGGCCACUUUUGAACACUGCAAUGAGUGAAGUUUUGUCUGCAACUGAAUGGUUAAUUUUAUGGGACCAUCUAAUAUCCUUUAAAAAACCGUCACUUUUAUUGAUGUGUGUUGUUGCAUACAGUAUAUGUUCUCGGGAAAUUAUCAUUUCCUCACUGCAAACGCAAGAAAAUAUUAAAAAAUAUUUUCUUAAACAAGGCCAUAUUGCAGCACAAGAAUUAUUAAAGGUUGCUCAACAACUUGACAGUGAUACACCACUAAGAAUACAUCCCAAUCACUAUCUUAGAAAUGAAAUAAGAACAUUGCCUUCCACAGGUCCAUAUCCACCAUUUAUGAUACAUGAUUUUCCAAAAUAUUUAACAGACGAAAUCCCUGUUCUUGAAUUAGAAAAAUUAAAAAGAAAAAGAAGAAUUAUGCGUGAUUAUAAUCAUAAAACUAUGAAAAUUGCAGAAACAAAUAGACUGAAAUAUGAAACAAAAGCUUUUAUGAAUCAAAUUCACCAAAUGAGAUUAAAUGAAGCAGAGAAGUGUUUCAAGGAAUACUUAUCUGAUAUAAAUUACGAAUUACAAAGAGAAGUACAACCAAGAACAAACAAAAUUGAACAUAAACAUAUUUGUGAUCAAUUUGAUGACAUUCUACACUUAGAUUUAGACACUCCAAGUGAUGAAGAUACCAUACAUUCAAAAAAUAAUAAAACAAAAUAUCAUCAAUUGCAGCAAGAUGUGAACAAUUUAGAGUUUGAAGUGCAAGGUUUUCUGAAUUCAUUAAGAUCUCAAAAAUCAAAAGUAAGUAACACCUAA